AUGGCAGGUGAGAAGAAUGUUGGCCUGGUGUUGCUCGACUUCUGGGUGAGCCCGUUCGGGCAGCGUUGCCGCAUCGCCCUUGCGGAGAAAGGCCUACCCUACGAGUAUGUUGAAGAGAACAUCAUGGCCGUCAAGAGCGACCGCCUCCUCCGCUCCAACCCGGUCUAUAAGCAGAUCCCCGUCCUCCUCCAUGAUGGUCGCACCAUCAUUGAGUCUCUCAUCAUCCUCCAGUACCUCGACGAGGUUUUUCCUCACACCCACCCCCUCCUUCCCACCGACCCUUACGAGCGCGCACAUGCCUGCUUCUGGGCCGACUACGUUGAUAAGAAGGUAUACAGAUCUGGCUCGAAGAUGUAUACGGAGCCACAGAUGCAGACGAACAUAGAGAUGGCUGACAUUUUGAAGACACUAGAAGGGGAGCUUGGCGAGAAGGAAUUCUUUGGAGGGGAGCAUGGCUUCGGGUUCGUGGAUGUCGCGCUCAUACCGUUCACCGCUUGGUUCGAGAGCUUUGAUAAGUACUGGGGAGUCAAUGUAGCAGAAGUGGCACCCAAGCUUGUAGCGUGGGCAGCACGAUGCCUAGAGAGGGAGAGUGUCUCCAAUAGUCUCUACUCACCACAGAAGGUGUACGAGUUUGCUGGCAUGAUGAGGAAGGACUUCGGCAUCGAGUGA